GCGUGGAUUUUCAGAAAGUUAAAACAUUUGAUGUAUUACAAGAUGAUGAAUUAAGACAAGGACUUAAGGAAUAUUCGGAUUGGCCAACAUUUCCACAAGUUUACAUCAAGGGUACGUUCAUUGGCGGAUGUGAUGUUGUGAUCAAUAUGCACCAAUCGGGAGAAUUGGAAGAAUUGUUGGAGAAAGAAGGAUUGAUAAACGAUUAG